AUGAAUCUUACAACUUUAACGCGGUGUUCUGGCUUCUUUCGCACACCCUGUAGAUUCGCAGCCGAAACAACCUCGACGGUAUGUCGAAGAUGUAGAAGCGGUCUGAGCACAGCAGAAACUCCUCGUGUGUGCAACCCUAUGAAAUGGCGUCAAACGCCAAACGUCAAUCCCAACGCGACGUCAAACCCUUCAGCUGUCUUCCUAUUCUAUGUCAAACUGCGCCGCAGCCUGGUGUGCCAUGCCCUCGCGAGCAUCAAUCCCGUUGUGGUGGUCAUUUGCUUGGGGCUGCCGGUGUUUUGUGGGAACAUGUGGAGCUUGGAGGGCUUAACGAAAAUGAGAUAUUGGAAGUUUGUGUUCACUCCGAACGAGGAUUCUUAG